AUAAAAAUAAAUAUAAAAAUGCAUAUUUUGGAUUACUUAUGCAAUUCAAAUUUGGAUUGUACGCUUCGGGACGGGAUUGUAUUGAACACCAAGAAAUAGUUGAACAAAAGUUAAUACUAUUGGGUGUAUUGGAUGGCGCUAUCAAUGAUUAUGAAGACCUGAACAAAGAGGGCGGAACUGAUAUACAAGAGGGUAAGUUCAGUUGGCUAGUGGUCAGGGCAUUGGAAUUGGCAGAUGAUAGACAACGGGCUAUAAUUGUCGAUAACUAUGGCCGAGUAGAUGACCAGUGUGUCCAACAAAUCAGACAAUUGUAUAAUGAAUUGAAUUUGAAACACGAGUUUCUUGUCUAUGCUAACCAAGUGUUUGAUGAUAUUCACAAAUUUUGUUUGGAUUUCAAUGACAAUUUGGUCACCAAUUUUGCUUAUUUGGUCAAACAAUAUCUCAAUUAUGCGGUUAAAGAAGAUGCUGUCUUUAUAUAA